GGAACGCUGUGUGCGCCGCUCGCUGUUUCCGGGGGAAUGUUGGAGACGGCGCACACUGAAGAUGGAGGCGCGGCAGGAGGAAGCGGUGCGAGAGUUUGUGCUGGUUACCGGCUCCGAGGAGGAGAGGGCCCGCUUCUUUCUGGAGUCCGCCGGCUGGGACCUGCAGUUGGCUCUGGCAAGUUUCUAUGAAGAUGGAGCAGAUGAUGACAUAGUUACAUUACCGCAGCCUCCGUCUGGUUCCACUUCUCGCGGCUCUGGGCCCAGCGACCACAGAGUGACGUCUUUCAGAGACCUGGUGCACGCCCAGGAGGAAGAAGAGGAGGAGGAAGAAGGUCAAAGGUUUUACGCAGGGGGCUCAGAGAGGAGCGGACAGCAGAUUGUGGGGCCCCCCAAGAAGAGGAGCCCUAAUGAGCUUGUUGAAGAUCUCUUCAAGGGAGCCAAGGAACAUGGAGCUGUCGCUGUGGACAGAUCUGCUAAAAGUCCUGGAGGGGAAAGCAGCCGAUCGCCAUUUGCUGGAGGUGGGUACCGAUUGGGGGCCGCCCCGGAAGAGGAGUCUGCUUAUGUUUUUGGCGCUCGGAGACAGAAUCAAGGCCAGGAUGUCCACGUGGUCCUGAAGCUCUGGAAAAAUGGAUUCAGCUUAGACGAGGGAGAAAUGCGUAGCUAUCAAGACCCCAGCAAUGCACAGUUCUUGGAGUCAAUACGUAGAGGGGAGAUCCCGGCAGAGCUGCGCAGACUCGCCCAAGGUGGGCAGGUGAACUUGGAUAUGGAGGACCAUCGCGAUGAGGACUUUGUGAAGCCCAAAACUGCCUUUAAAGCAUUCGCUGGCGAGGGCCAAAAAUUGGGCAGCACUGCUCCCAAUAUCCUGAGCAUGCCCAUCCUAUCCCAGCAAGCAGAAAACGAGGCUAGAGCCAGUUCUUCCAUUACCCUUGAUGAGUCUGAGCCUAUCACAAGCAUCCAGAUCCGCCUGGCAGACGGGGGAAGGCUGGUCCAGAAGUUUAAUCACAAUCACAGGAUCCGCGACCUCCGUUUAUUCAUCGCCAGCGCCCGACCGGCAAUGGCCGCCACAAGCUUUGUGUUAAUGACUACGUUCCCAAACAAGGAGUUGACGGAUGAGGACCAGACUCUGAAAGAAGCUAACCUUCUAAAUGCUGUCAUUGUGCAGCGGUUAAUAUGAAAUCUCCACCCCCCCCCCCACCCCCGGGCUUUCUAUUCCACUUUCUCCCCAUACACCGCGCCUCCCUCUGCUGGUGACAUGCAGUCAUUCUGUCUUGUAGUCCUGGGAUCUUAAUGCUUUUCAGGUGGACUUCUGUUUAGACGUACAUUUUGCAGGAUUUGUUAUAAGCGUUGGACUUUAAAAACGAUUUAAAUAAAUAAAAAACAAAAUGCCUAAUUGCAGUGUAAUAUUUACGACAAGUGGUAACUUGUUCCGUUCCUUAUCGGCUUUAUUGGGAUGUAAGGAACUCCCGGAUUCGUAAAACGUAUUGCUUUAACCAAGGAUUAAAAUCAACAAUAUGUGUGAUGUUUUUGUGUUUUUUUUUUUUUUUUUUUUUUUUUUUUUUUAUAUAUUGGUGAAAAAAUAUUCAGAUUCAUAAGAACAUGAAAACACAAAAUAAAACAUUAAGGAAUACCAAGUUAAUGAAUAGAACUAUACAGGUUAAUGGGAAGUACCAUACCGGUUGUUGAGUAUACAUGAAUGUUGCCUUGAUUUGACUGUUGAACAACAUUUGUAAUUGAACUGAGUAGCAAACAUGGCAAUAAAACUAUUAGUCGGUU